UGACGAGUAUAGGCGCGCGGUAUACGGCCAAUACAUAACAUACAUAAAACAGCACUGCACAAAAUAUCAUCAGCUGAGCUAGCUGAGCUGAACUGCGUAAAGUUCAUAUUGCUACGUUGUUCAAUCAUGGCUGCUGCCAGUACCUUGCAAUCAAUAUUUGACUGGCGAAAAGGCAUCACUUGCAGAUACUUUCUGCACGGUCUGUGCAAGGAAGGAGACGGGUGCCCCUAUGCUCACAACAGAUCUAAAUCUGUGAAGAAUAAUGUAUGUCGCUACUACCUCCAAGGGAAAUGCCACUAUGGAGCCAGCUGCAAGUUCCAGCAUGUAGUCCCUACCAACAACAACGCCCCCCAGAAGAACAUCUCACCAGCUCCUCUACCUGUGCAAACUAAAGGGACUGCCAUAGAGAGCAAGAUGACCACACUGCACUUGAACGGCCACAACUCACCCACUGACAAUGAGGCUAGCAAGUACUCCAUGAAGGAUCUCAUUCAUGCCAAAGAAUUUGUCCCAGGUCAACCUUUCCAGGGCACCUUGCCACCAUCGUACAGUGCAACAGCCAAGAAGAACGGUCAGAGUGAUGCCCUUGUGAUAUCCACAGAGCCUCCCACGCGCCGGGGACCUGGGAAUAUCUUAUGUCCCUAUGCAGUGAAGGGUACCUGUCGUUACGGAGCCAAGUGUCUGUACAUGCAUGGUGAAGUGUGUGAUCUAUGUGGAGAAGCCUGUUUGAUGCCGUAUGAUGAGGAACAGAGGAAGAACCACAGACUGACUUGCCUUGAGAAGCAUGAGAAGGAGAUGCAGGAAGCCUUCCUGUACCAGCAGAGCAAGGAUAUAGUCUGUGGUAUCUGCAUGGAGGUGAUCAUGGAGAAAUCACCCAGGGAGCGUAAGUUUGGUAUCUUAUCGGACUGUACUCAUCCUUACUGCUUGGAUUGCAUCAGGAAGUGGCGCAGUGGAAGGCAGUUUGAAAAGACUAUUAUCAGGGGAUGCCCAACAUGUAGGAAGAUGUCCAAUUUUGUGACUCCUAGUGAUUACUGGGUGGAGGAUCCUGAGGAGAAGAAGAAGCUAAUUGAGAACUACAUUGCUGCUCUGAGCACCAAGGCAUGCAAGCAUUUUGACCAGGGCCGUGGCAAGUGUCCAUUCGGUGCUGACUGCUUCUACCUUCAUUCUUACCCUGACGGCACGAAGGAAGACCGUGCCAAGGCUCGUCAAUGCCGCGCCUCCAGUAACAAGGUGAAGACCAUCCGCCCGGCUCUCCUCUGGGAGUUCUUUGAGCACCGCAACGGUCUUUAUGACUUUGGCAGCGAUGAAGACGACUUCUUCCUGUUUGGCUCCUCCCUGUGGCACGAUGAAUGGGACUUCCUCAGUGAUCCCAGCGAGGCCGACGAUUGGUGGGAGUACCUUCAGUACAUGGGCUCGGAUGAUGACAGCGAGAACGAGUUUGAUUCCGACUGGAGCGGGGAUGUUCCGACGUCUGGUGAGGGGGAGGAGACGGCCGAAGUGACGGCUGAGGUGACGGCUGAGGUAUUGGUUGAAGGUAGCCAGGAAGUUGGAGAGGAAGAUGAUGCUGAUGAUGAAUGGGAGGAGGGUGAAGGAGAUGGAGGAGAAGUGGAGGAGGAGGAGGAGGAAGAGGGAGGAGGGGGAGAUGAAGCAGCAGAGGAAGGUAAUGAGGAUGGAAAUGGAGAAGAAGAGGGUGAUGAGGGCGAGAGCCCUGGGGAAGAUGAGGUUGGUGGAGAAGAUGUAGUGUGUAUAGGUGAGUUUGCACCCGAUAUGUUAGAAGAAUGUGAGUACACUGAUGAAGACUGUGGAGAUUGGUGAUAGGUCAGGGAAACCCACGCAAUCUGUGGUUUAGAGGGGAUUCCAUCACAUCUACCCACCAAUUAUUCUCAAGUCGAAGAAACCAGCCAAAACGUAGGAAAAACAGAAUCACAGGCAGAUCCUCUCGGUGUGGUCUUCAGCCAGGCAGCUGGUCGAUAUUCAUUGCUGAAAGAGGCUUGUUUCUGCCGUGGUGGUGUUUAGGGGUCCACUAAUUAUACAUGUUUUAUACAAAGUUUGAAGAUUCUAGAAUAUGUCUUGCUCAACUGUCUAAUAUGGUUUAUCUGCAUGGUAUGAAUAGAGCAUAUAGAAGAUAUGCAUCAGACAUGAAUGCUUGACUUGAUUAUAGGGCUAACAUUGUACAUAGAGGAGUUGAAAAGCAUUUUUUCCUUUGUUUCUUCUCAUGUAGGAUAUGUGAAUGAAAUGUUGACAGAUUGAGAAGGUUGUUUGUUGUUUCUUGAGGAAGCAGAAUGUUUCAUAUGUAGAAUCUUUGCAAACAUGUAUACGGUCUCUCCACAUAGGCUAUACAGAGUUCAUGAAAUGUCUUGGAACGUGUAACACAGUAAUUCAUCGACAUAAUGCUGCUUCAGUUUUUGUUCCUUGUCAAAACACUGUCUUACUGAUGUCUCCUACAAACAUCUUUAUUGGUAACAAACGUUUCAAACAAACUUGGUGCAGUAUUAAGCAAAGGCUUCUCAUGGGUGUGUCGGGUUUAUCCCAAACGCUGAUGAGUGUCCGCUGAUACCAGCCAUACAUUUCAAAGAGUUGUUUCAAAUAAGGUGCACAGUGGUGUGCCGCCCAGUUGCUCCUUACGAGAGCAGCUGUUGUGUUUCAAACCAGUUGCCAUGGCAACUAUCGCUCAGGUGACAAACAUGAAGGUGUCUUAUUGUCGAAUCCGACUGCUCACAUUUCGGCUGGUCAUACCAGUCGACGUGCAGUCAAGCCAAAUUGAAUUGUUAUCACCACAUGCCUGAUUUACAGGACGUAAAUACUUGUCUUGCCAAAAUUUGUUUUCUAAAGUGCUAUGCGUACAUUUUCAACCCCAUGCUUAUGAUGAAAGAACGUUCCACAUAGAUCUUGCAGUACUCGGACUGUUCAUUACCGUUUAUUCUAGUCGGAUGAAAACCUGACUAUUUAUUGCAUGAAUUAACAGAUUAUUCACGGAUUGAACGUACAUUUGUGGUACAUGGUUGAUUUCAGCAAUCAUCCUGUACAGAUUAGUUGUAUUUAUAGAAUGAAAUGUUGUUUGACUAAGUUAUAGAGUGAUAUUAUAAAUCUAUUUUGAGUACAGAGUAGGAUUGAGAAAUUUCCUUUAUAUUUUCAUGACUAAUUAAAUUAUAGAUAUUGUUUAGACUGUAGUAUAGUGUGUUUGAAUUGAAUUCAUAGUAUAUUUCAUUUCCUUUUCUAUGUUAGUCUGGUGUAGAUAUUAAACACAAAGCAAUAGUUAGAAAAUAGAUACAAAUUUAUAGAUUUUGUAGAAAUAUUUUUGCGUCACAUAUACAUGAAUAGUUGAUUGUACGAUGUAUAUUGCGUUUUGUCUUUUGUACUGUACGUAUUGAUACAUGUACAUGCAAUGCUCUCUGUGGUUUAUCUUUGAUUGUACGUGGGUGAAUGUAUGUACCUGGUAUUGAAGUCAUUAGAUGUGCCUGUGUUUAAUUGUUUUCAUAUACAUGUACAUGUAUUAUUCUUUUAAACAUAAAAAAAGUUGUGCAUAUACAUUCAUACAUAUAUAUAUGUUUGGGAUCUCUCUUGAUCUAUGCUCUAUAUGCUUUCAUUGAUUCAGCGGUGUUUUGGAUGAAAUUGAAAAUAUUUGGCUGGGGUAUUAAGUUUUAUUAACUAAUAAUGCUCAUAUUGUACAUGUACAUUGUACGAAUGAAUAUUUUGUAGGAAACAGCAGGUGGGGCUAAUGAGAUACAUGAAUUUAUUGAUGAAAGUAGCACAUUGGCACAGGGAAUCUGUUUGUGUCUAUAAGGCUGGUUAAAUUCAGUACAUGUAGUUGUUAUAAAGCAAACAGAAUUUUAAAAUUGUUUGGAAAACGUCUUUUACCUUUUCUUCCAAGAAGACUUUCAAGAACCGUCCCUUGACUAUGACAUGAAAUACAAACCUGUCCUUUUCAGAAUAACGCAUGGUAGUCAAAUAGUUCCACAUGCAAACUAAUUGUGAAAUAGUGUUGAUAUGAUACUAAACACCGAAUAUGAUGUUCUCAUCCAUCAAGAACUGAAGGUUUCAUGGGAAAUAAUAUUGUGUAACAUAAAACAGUAUUUUCACACCUCAAUAAUGUGCCAAGAGAAAGGAAUAUCAAAAUUACUUUGUGAUAAGUUACAUUGUUUUUGUCACUUAUAUAUGUUUAUGCAGAGGGUUUAUAUGUUUGCUUGUUCAAGUACAUAAAUGUAUUGUUACUAGUCAAUUAACUCAACAUGUUAUCAAGAUGAAAUUUCUAUUUUGCAUUGUAGUUUAGCCUUGGUUCACAAUACCAAAUAGCAUUGAUUCAUUCCAUUAUGUUUUCAUAUUUUUUAUUUUGGUUAUAUCCUUUUAUCAUUUUUUCCUUUUGAUGGUUUUGGUGUCAGUUUAUGCAGAUGUUUGUUUUGUCUUAUCCCUAAAGAAGCAAAAUAGUGUUUUGUAAUACCACUUGUAUUCUAUUCUAGAGAUCAUAACUCAUUUCAUUUGAAGAUAUUUUUUUUUAAAUAUUAGUUUGAUGGUAAAGAGAUAUUUCUUUUUUGUUCAUUUUAUAUGUAUCUGAAGUUUUUGAUGAAGGGUAGCCCAGUACAUUCCAAAAUAAUUUCUAUCAUGUUGCUUGUUUCCCUAUCUCUCCGGUGGGCACCUUGUUAAUUUGAACCCCAUACUUAGCAUAUUCUGUAGAACAGGCUAGUACAUGAUAUACUGUAACUCCAGGCAAAUCCUACACCAGGAAACCAUUCAAACAGCGAGUUUGGUUAUAUUUUUUCAAAAUGUAAAGAAGUAGUAAUUUAAAUUUAGACUUACAAUGUUUUUUGACUCCUCAGGGCAUCCGGUCAACCACUUAAAAUUAUAAUUUGAAGAUGUCUUUAAUGGGAAAACGGAUGAUUCCUUGUCCUAAACCAAUUCAUCCAUGUUGUGUAUUGUUGAUUCAACAUGGAGAAGAGAAAGUGGGCAUGCGCGGUAGCGGCGCAGCACAUAUGAAUAACAUGUUAUAUAUCGUCAAUUCAACAUCAAAGAGAAAGUACGUAUACAUACAACAUGUUAUUCAUAUGUGCUGCGCCGCUACCGCGCAUGAAUACUUUCUCUUCUCCAUGUUGAAUCAACGAUUAAAACAUGGUUGAAUUGGUUUACGACAAGGAAUCACCCUUUUCCCCAUCAAAGACAUCUUCAAAUUAUAAUUUCAUGUGGUUGACCGGAUGCCCAGAGGGGUCGAAAAACAUUGUAAGCCUAAAUUUUAAUUACUCCUUCUUUACAUUUCCAAAAAAUAUAACCAAACCCACUGUUUGAAUAGUGUAGGAUCUGGAGCUCCGACGCUUUCGGCAGCAGAGCUCCCUGGAGUUAAAUAAUUACUGAUGCCUAAGUAAUGGUAGUAAAUGGUCCUUUCUAUCAAAGGGUUUACGAUUGUGCUACUAAGACCAGACAUCAGAAGUAUUGAUACCAUUCUGCAUGUAGACCUUCAUUUUAUCUUCCAUUCACGGGGGAGAUGGAACAGUUUAAGGACAAAUGGGGUUCUGAUUAUAGAAUGAAUUGAACGUUGAAAUUUUCCUAUGGCAUUUAAUAUUAUAAGACAACUGUUCUCAUUAUAUGAUAAAUAAUAUAAUGAAAAUAAAUUAUUGUGUAUGUUGGUAUUUAUGGAAUUCAUUUCAUGAUAUAUAAUCCCAUUAUUAAAUGCAUUAGGCUGAUCUGUUUUUAACAACUGGAAUACAUUGUUGGAAAUCUCCAUGAAAAAAGACCUGCUAUCACAUUGCCCAUUAGGUACUUUAGUUUCUUUGAAAGUAAUAAAUCUUCAUAACUUAAUUGAUGCACAUUCCAUUCCUGAAUUCAAGGUUUGAAUAGUCUUCUUCACAUGACCCAUUUACUGAGCUUUUUUUCUUUGUUUCUUCUGAAAAGUCUAAGGGCAUCAAAUAUGAUAUGAGAGUAGAAGGUAAGAUAUAAACUUAAAUUAAUUUGACAAAUACUUGCGAGUAUCCAUGGAAGAUGGCAUACCAGCAAUUUUUCAACACAAUGAAUAAAUUACCUGUGUUUCACCCCGCAAUAUGAUAAAUGUUCAGUUUCAGUUUAUAUACAUGUCUUUUGUAUUCAUUUUAACAAUGACUUGAUCAAUGCUGCAUUUGUAUUUCAUGAUUGUUGAGUUCAAAGCUUCUCAGAGCAAAAGGGAGAAAAUACGAAGGAUUAUCAAAACCGUUGGAUGCAAGUUUCCUACCAAACUUACGAUUCUCAAUUAGUCUGCGAUCCUCUCCGAAUGCUCGUGCAUCUUUCAACUCGUACUUUGUUCUGUAUAUAAAUUUAUAGAAAAAUAUAUUUAAAAUCGUCUUCUGAUUAUGAGUUUUACAUUUUCAUUGUGAACUAAUCUCUGUAACGUUAGCCAGAUAUUGCCUUUUUUUAUUUUGGUAUUCUGAAUUUACAUGUACGUCUGAUGCAGACCACAAUAGAUAAUACUAUAAAACGAUGGUUAAUUUGUGUGUGUUCAUUUCAUAUUGAUAUUUAUUCAGUGUAAAUCUAUAGGAAAUAUUUUGUACUGUUUACAUCUGCUUUUUGUGAAAUUGAAUUUUGUACUUUUGAUAUAUGACUUAAUUACCCUUUGGAAAGCGUGGGUUAUGUGUACUCUUAUUAUUCUGUUUGGGGAUUUGGUGCAAAGAGGAAGGCAGUGUACUAGGUAAUGUAUGUUUUCUCUUGGAUGAUUCUUGCAAGGAUAUUGAAUUGGAGAUUGUAUUUCAUGAAUAUUCAUUUCCUUUAUAGCUCUCACUAAAAAAAUUAUAUAGUAGUGUUGUACUAACUUUUUUGUGAGCAUGACUUUAGAAUUUUCUAGAAAUACUAACGACACGUAGUAGGCAACACGUACAUACUGUGCAUUGUAUGUAUGUAUGCAAUUGUUAGGGGUUCAUGCUAUCUGCCGUGAGCCAGAACGGCAUUAACUCUGUGUUUAUAAAGGAUAGGAUUUAUGCCCUUCUGGCCCUUGCACUGUUCCUUAAAAGCUUCUAAAGCUCCAAGCAGACAAGAAAUAACCCAACCUGACCAAGGGAUGAAUGUGAUUUGCUUUGAGAUGUUUCAAGGGUUUACUGUGGCUCCCAAAAUGGAUGUCUUUGUCAUGACCUUUUACCUCUGUCUAAAGAAAUCUUCCGUUAUCAGACCAAUUUGUAAUAUACUUUGAACGCAGUGUGUGAUGUAGACUGGGUUAGAUCUCGUUGUUGUAUUUAUGAUUAUGUAUGUUGAAGUAUUAGUAAAACUGCAUCUUUCUAUAAAUGGUUCUUUUGAAAGAAAUAAUAUGUUCAGUGUAUACUGCCUCUCUUUACAGACAGCAUCUCAUACACAAAGUCUGCAAUAAAGAGUAUGAAUUGUCAAAAGUAUUAUUAGCUACAUGCCUUACUCUAAUACAGGAUAUUGGUUGCAUUUUUAAAGUAGCAGUGAAUCUUAGUGAAACUUAAUAUUGUGCAAAUUUAACUUUGUACAACUGUUACAAAGCUCCUAUUAAGAGCAUAAUUGGUUUCCUUAGUUACAUCGGAAAGGCUGGAAUGAAUUGAAACCAACCCUUCCAAAGUUGAUUUGGAACUAAUUCCAAAGUAUAUCAAUGAAAUUGUCAAGGGUCAUUCACACUGUCUAUUUGUUGUGGCUAAUGGUAGUUUCUGCAACGUUUUUGUGGAAUCUCAGAGUAAACAACACUGAAAACAGUCGCAGAAGAUGUAGACAAGUGGAUCAAGAAUGCAUGCUACUCUUUAUUUAUUACAUGGACUAUAUGUCAUGAAUUAUUAGCCGAGAGUAUAAUUAUAAAAACAAGGAAUUGGAUAGUCCAUACCGAGUGUAAUCUACAAUUGGUGGCGAGAAGAGGGUUACUUUGUAAUUUGUUAAACGUAUGAAAAAGUAGAUGAAAUAGCAAGCCUCUUUAAUAGAGCUCUUUGCUUCAGCUCCUAUUGUAGGUAAAACUAUUGAUGUAUAAUUAGGUAUGAAAUGCUUAUAGGAAAGAAUGUAAAUUAACAUGUGUUGUUAUCAGGAGUGAAAGUUAGAUGAAAUUGGAUAUUGCAAACUUUGCUUUUUGUGAAAAAAGAAAGAAAGAGGAAGUGUGAUACCAUGUACAUAUUGAAAGGUGAUGGGAUGUAUUAAUUGUACAAGAUUUAUAUAGGCAGGAGUGUUUUCUUAUAGUUUAAAAUUGAUGUAAUUUUCAGAUGAAUUGUUGAGCUUCGAAUAAUUUCAUCAUUGCCACCUCUUUAAAGUGUUGCCAAUUGGAACUUCACUUUGUAAAUCCCAUUUCAUCUCGUUCCUUUCUUAAAGGUCCUAUAUACAGGACUCAAAGCCAUUCUGAAAUGCCUUUCUAUCCAUGAAUCAACUACGCUUCGUUUACUUUAAAACUGUUUGAAAUAUAUGAAAUCUGCUACGCCAUAAACUUUUCAGCAAGUGUGUAGAUUUCAUAUGAAGUUGUGCAAUUUGUUUACUUUUAAAAGUUUUAAAAAAUGGAAUCCUUCAUGCAGCAAGAAAGAAUGAAAUGUACAUGUAUGAAAUCAACUCUUCAACUCUUCAACUCUUGUAUAAAAUGUAUAUGCUGGAUAUUUCUUAAGCAUAGAAGAGUUAUGUAGUUCAGUGUAGACGGAUAAAAAGAGAAAGAGAAACCUUUCAAUCUAAUUAAACCUACCUCUGUGAUACAAUGUAAUAGUCUAUGAAAGUGAAAUGUAUAGCGGACUGCAUGUUAGAUAGGACUGGUCCACUAGAGGAGGAGGGUAGUCUUUGUAUGUACAGCAUUGAGCAAGUUGAUAUAUAUUGAGUAGCCAGAUGAUGUUUAUGACUAGCCUUUAGUGCUCGUAGCACGAUGCUUCAUUGGUACAUUAAGGGUGGCUAAUAGAUUUUAAGGUAACAUGAAACGAGAAGCAUGUUUGUGAUUUGAUACAUCACCCAAAUGUUUGAAUCUGAUAAAUGCGAACUCAAAAUUAACUCAACCCUAAUACGGUAUGGAUGUUGGUAAUAAAUUAGUUUGCAAUUGAAA